AUGCUCAACAGCAGCUCUGUGAGUGAGUUCCUCCUCUUGGCAUUCGCAGACACGCGGGAGCUGCAGCUCCUGCACUUCGGGCUCUUCCUGAGCAUCUACCUGGCUGCCCUCCUGGGCAACAGCCUCAUCAUCACAGCGGUAGCCUGCAACCACCGCCUCCACACCCCCAUGUACUUCUUCCUCCUCAACCUUGCCGUCCUCGACCUGGGAUCCAUCUCCACCUCUGCACCCAAAGCCAUGGCCAAUUCCCUCUGGGACACCAGGGCUAUCUCUUAUCAAGGAUGUGUUGCACAGGUGUUCUUUUUAAUCUUCUUCUUUGGUUCAGAGUAUUUCCUUCUCACUGUCAUGGCCUACGACCGCUAUGUUGCCAUCUGCAAGCCCCUGCACUACAGGACCCUCCUGGGCAGCAGAGCUUGUGCCCAGAUGGCAGCAGCUGCGUGGGGCAGUGGCUUUCUCUAUGCUGUCCUGCACACAGCCAGUACAUUUUCCCUGCCCCUCUGCCAUGGUAAUGCUGUGGACCAGUUCUUCUGUGAAAUCCCCCAGAUCCUCAAGCUCUCCUGCUCAGAUACAUAUCUCAGGGAAGGUCAGCUUCUCAUCUUUAGUGCCUGUUUAACCAUUGUAUGUUUUGUCUUCAUUGUGCUUUCCUAUGUGCAGAUUUUCAGGGCUGUGGUGAGGAUGCCUUCUGAGCAGGGCCGGCACAAAGCCUUUUCCACGUGCCUCCCUCACCUGACUGUGGUCUCCCUGUUUCUCAGCACUGUCAUGUUUGCCCACCUGAAACCCUUUUCGAUCUCUUCCCCAUCCCUGGACUUGUUGGUGUCAUUUCUGUACUCGGUGGUGCCUCCAGCAGUGAACCCCCUCAUCUACAGCAUGAGGAAUCAGGAGCUCAAGGAUGCCUUGAGGAAACUGAUGCAUUGUUGUGUUUAG